GGCGGCUGCAGCCGGGAACCACUGUGCCCGGCGGCUGGAGCCCGGGUCCCGGCUGACAGCGGGGCCGAGCGCCCGCCCUUUCCCCCGCCCGGCAAUGCUUCCGGGGAAAGGGAAGGGGAACGGCAGGGCCCCGGCAAGAGGGAGCACGGAGCCCGGGCGGUGAGUGCGGCGGCUCCGCUGUCUGGGAGAUGCCGUUUUCUACGGGAAACCUGCGCUUGUCAAGUAAUUCUGCUAACUUCUACCAGACUGGCUGUUAGGGUUAAGACACAGCGUACAUACAUACAAGCUGAAGGCUCUGAACCAUGGAUAACCUCUGUGCAGCAAAUACUACUUUUGCAGUUGACCUCUUAAGAAAGCUGUGCGAGAACAAAAGCAGGCAGAAUCUAUUCUUUUCUCCUUUCAGUAUUUCUUCUGCUUUGUCUAUGAUUUUGCUGGGUUCAAAAAGUAACACCAAAGCCCAAAUAGCAAAGGUACUUUCUCUGAACAAAGCCGAGGAUGCUCACAAUGAGUAUCAGUCACUUCUUUCUGAAAUUAAUGAUUCAAACACCAAAUAUAUACUGAGAACUGCUAACCGACUUUAUGGAGAAAAGACAUUUGAGUUUCUCUCGUCAUUUAUAGAGUUGAGUGAGAAAUUCUACCAUGCUGGACUAGAACAGACUGACUUCAAACAUGCUUGGGAGGAUUCCAGAAAACAAAUAAAUGGCUGGGUAGAGGAAAAGACCGAAGGUAAAAUUCAGAACCUGCUGGUGGAGGGGAUUCUUGAUUCACUGACCAGACUUGUGUUGGUGAAUGCCAUCUACUUCAAAGGCAACUGGGAAAAGCAGUUCAACAAAGACAGAACAGUAGAAAGGCCAUUUCAGAUUAACAAGAACGAGACCAAACCUGUGCAGAUGAUGUUCAUGAAGGACAGAUUUAACAUGACCUAUAUUGGGGACUUCCAGACCAAAAUCCUUGAGCUCCCUUAUGUUGGUAAUGAACUCAGCAUGAUCAUUCUGCUCCCUGAUACAAUCCAGGAUGGAUCUACUGGCUUGGAAAGACUCGAAAGAGAACUUACAUAUGAGAGGCUGAUAGAUUGGAUCAAUCCUGAAAUGAUGGACUGUACAGAGGUGAGGGUGUCUUUACCCAGAUUUAAACUGGAAGAAGACUAUGAUCUGAAACCCCUUCUGAGCAGCAUGGGAAUGCCUGAUGCGUUUGACUUAGAGAAGGCAGACUUCUCGGGAAUCUCAGCUGGCAAAGAGCUGGUGCUCUCUGAAGUGGUUCACAAGACCUUUGUGGAAGUCAAUGAAGAAGGCACUGAAGCAGCAGCUGCCACAGCAGGGGUGAUGAUGCUGCGCUGUGCAAUGAUCGUUCCAGAUUUCACAGCUGAUCAUCCCUUCCUCUUCUUCAUCCGGCACAACAAAACUUCCAGCAUUUUGUUCUGCGGCAGAUUUUGCUCUCCCUAAGAGGAGAUGUCUCGGCAGAAGAGCCGCCAUUACGCGAUAACAUUCUGUUUAUUUAGAAUAGGGCUACUCUUUUUGCACUAAUUGUCUCUUUCAGCUGUGCCUGAAUCCACUUCUAUGGCCUUCAUCUCAGGCUUGAAUAGAAUAACAGAACCACUUACACACAGCCACUGCCACUUAAACUGUGUUGCCCUGUGCACCUUAGUGCAGAGCUCUCUGAGUUCUUGCUGGCAAAAGAAACUUCCCACUUCUUCAGUGAAUGCUUUAUCUGUCCUUGUAGUCUGCAUUGCACGUCACUUUUUGUGGCCACCAGCCAGCAAGUCAGGCAGUGAUGUCUCAGAGGGAAGGAAGAAUUUAGUUUUGUUUCUGAUAAGGCUGGAGUACAUCUUUAGUUACCUUUUUUGUUCUUCCAGGCUCAUCUAUUUAAUGUCUUAAUAACAUUCCCUAGAGAUGAAAGGAGGCUUUGUCAGCCUGUUCCAAGUGUUGCUAAGCAUCCUGACUAGACAGCAUUUUUUGGAUAACAACCGGACAAGCACUUAGGCAAAAAUGAGAAUAAAAGUACGUCUUCGUACCAAAUAUCCUUGUAUGGUAUUCAGGUGGUGAGGAUCAUUGCUUUGUCACCACAAGACACCUGAUUUUAUUACCCAUCACCUACCUUAUUAGUCUUUUAACAAAGAAUGUAAUGAAAAAGCAUAUGGUACCUCUGGAAUAUUUAAAUGACAAAGCUUUAAGUUUUUGCUAUUGUUGUAUUUUUCCUAUUCAUAGUUUCUGAAACAGUUUAACUGUAUAAUACCAAAGACACAGCUGAAAUAGCUUUCUGAUUACAGUGGUUUGUUUUGCUGUUUCUGUUCCUGAAAUAAUAAAAUAACUGCAUAUGC